ACAAUGUCUUUUGGCCGAGAUUCCUGGCCACUCUUGUGAUGAUAAUCAAGAGACUAGGUGUUGUUUUGUGUGUUCUGCAAGUAGCCCGUUAGAUUUGUGUGCUGAUUAAUGUGUGGCUCCCUAGUACUUUUUUUAAAGUUUGAUUAAAGUUUGUUUUAUUGUUGUCUGUUAAAUUUGACAGAGACGGUUUCGUCAUGGACGGUAACUAUAAUCCAAACCACCUCUCCGACUUCAGUCACAGUGCAAUUGGUGAUCCCGAACGGUUUGCAACCAUCGAUUACACUAUGGAUCCUUCUUCAGCGGACAAUUCGCCGCUCUGGGGAGCAACCCAGUUGAAAUAUCCAAGUUUCGACCCGGAAGCGCAACAGCAGCAACAGAAACCGUUAUGGACCGACAGCAACACUCCUUACCAGCAAGUGAUGCAACCCGGAGAAUACAACCCGUAUCCGGUUCCAUCGCUGGAGGGCAACUAUGCCGAGCUACGAUCAUCGCCCCAAAUCGUCGAGGCAGAUUCCACGAUUGCAGAAACCAUGUACCAUGGAUAUCAGCAGGAACUCCAGCCGGGACCAUCAGAGACGGCAGCGUUUCAGGAUCCCGCUGGUGGUUAUCAACCGUAUUAUCUAUCGCAGCUUCCGUUUUUUAACCACAACUAUGUUUUGUUAUCAGAAGAUGGAUCUUAUCCGUCAUCGGAGUCUGGAAGUGGUGGAAGGUCGCCUGAUGGAGGUUAUUCGUCAUCGUCCAACCACAUGUUUCCCCCGUCGUAUCAGCCACAAUAUCCAUCAACUGAGGUGCCAUUUCAGAACGUGAAUCAGGAAGUGAACUCUGCGACGGAAGCUGUGAAAGUUGAAAUGACUGAGUUUAAACAAGAACCAGCUGAAGCUGGUGCAGUGAGUUAUCAGCAACAGCCGAAUGAUCAAAUGUUUCAAACGUUGAAUAGAAGCCGUAACCCACAAUCGCAUCUUACCCCAGGUCCUCAAGUGCAAAUUUUCUUUCCUCAACGAGAACCGAACGAUCAAGUUGCUCAGUAUCGUCUGCAACUGAAUGCUCAAGAGGGCCACAAUAAUCAACAAAAUUGUGACAAUCAAAAACCUAUUAUUCAUGGAAACAUUCUAAUAAAACCAGCCGACAAUGCGGAUCCAACCGAGCCAAUACAAUACGAGUUGGUCAAUUUGCAGCUCGGAGAGCAAAACGGACAGCAACAUGAGCAACAAGUCCAGUACCAUUUCAUGCAGCCAACGCCAGAACAGCAGCCAUUGCGCCAACCACUUGCACAGCAACAAGCUCGCAACAAACAGAAACAAUCACCCAAAAAACAACGGAAGCAAUAUACGAUACACGACGAUCAGCAACCUUCGACGUCGUCGGCCGGAAUGAAGCCUAAAGUUCCGUCACCCGCCCGUGGCGUUCCAACGGCGGUCGCAGCCAACGGUGAAUCAUCGGAGAACAAACCGGAGGGAGGCGCCGUGCGCAAAUCGGCCCGGCCAAGCGUGAUCGAGAGAAGCGACUUCAAGUGCCCGAAGUGUGGAAGCUUCUUUGCCCGGCAGUGCGGCCUCACUCAGCACCACGAGUGGAUCCACGAGAAACGAAAGUUCCCAUGUGAGCGUUGCGGUAAGAAGUUCAAAACCGAGGAGACCCUGGUCAAGCACAUCAAAAAGCAUGAAAUGAAGGACAAGCCGUUCAAGUGCCCGGAAUGUCCGAGACAGUUCUGCCACAAGAAUGAUCUGCGCCGUCACAUGUAUCGUCACGAGAACACCACGCCGUUCAAGUGCGAACAGUGCGCCAAGUGCUUCAUCCGUAAGGACCACCUGUUGGCACAUCAGCAGUCGCACGAUCGCCGCGACAAGAGAAACAACGAAAAGGAAAACGGAAGCCCGAUGUAAGGAGUGCAACGCGUAUCGUCAGCAAGUAAGUUCUAUUGGCAAAUGACUCCGGUAGCGCCUUGGGUAAGGAGUGCAACGCGUAUCGUCAGCAAGUAAGUUCUAUUGGCAAAUGACUCCGGUAGCGCCUUGGGCGAUUGUGCUUAUGGGAGUAAUGAAAGUGUUAAAACAGUCGACUAAUUUUCACUAAUCACUUCCUAAAAACACGUGCACCUUGACCCUGGAGGAAGACAGUAAUUUAAUGUUUUUUUUCCCUAAAUUUAUACCAUCAACAUUUUAUAAACAAUAAACCAGCAGAUUUUAAACAAAAAAA